ACACACUGAGACGACAUGGACACAAGAGCCUCCCUCUCCAUUCUGCUGCUGCUUUUUGGCAUCUCACAGGCGUCUUCUCUCAUGGUAAGAUCAGGUCUAGACUUUGCCUUAAAUUAUGAAUGUUCCUCAAAUAAGUCAUUUUAUCAUCUCUGUUUCUGCCUCCAGGAGGAAAGGUUUGAAGGAGUGUUUGUGUCAGAACCUGAAACUCUGGACAUCACUACAAGGAUUUUGGAGUCCAACAAUGGAUCUUCUGAAGUCUUGAUUGAAGGAGAUCUUGUGUUUCCCAAAACCAGAAAUGCUCUCUACUGCUUUAACAACAACUGUUUCUGGAAGAAAAACUCUAAGAACAUAGUGGAGGUCCCUUACAUAGUGAGCAGUGAAUUCUCGAGUUAUGAGAGAUCAGUGAUUGCGAACGCCAUGUCCACCUUUCACUCCAAAACCUGCAUCCGCUUUGUGGCCAGAUCAACUCAGGCCGACUACAUCAGUAUUGAGAACAAAGAUGGGUGCUACUCUUCUCUUGGCAGAACUGGUGGUCAGCAGGUGGUCUCCUUCAACAGGCAAGGCUGUGUGUAUCAAGGCAUCGUUCAGCAUGAGCUCAAUCAUGCCCUGGGCUUUUACCAUGAGCAAACCAGGAGCGAUCGUGACCAGUACGUCAAGAUCAACUGGCAGAACAUCUCUCCUGAUAUGGCCUACAACUUCCAGAAACAAAAUACCAACAACCAAAACACUCCAUACGACUACGGCUCCAUCAUGCACUAUGGAAAAACCGCCUUCUCCAUCCAGCCUGGGCUGGAAACCAUCACACCCAUUCCUGAUAGAACAGUGCAAAUUGGACAGAGGCAGGGAAUGUCCAACAUCGACAUCCUGAGGAUCAACAAGCUUUAUGGAUGCUGAGGAUGAGUUUUAAAUGCAUGUGGUAUGUCAGAUAAUUUAAUGUAGUACUCGUUCCCGUCAAUGGAAAAUCGAAUGAUGUGAUGGUAUUUGUCUUUUGUUGGUGUGUAACUUCUGUCAUGUGUGGCUGAGUAAGGACAAAUCAAGUUAAUAACAAAUUUAACAUGCA